GUUGGCAAGACGCAAUGAAGGUUUGGGACCGAAUUUAUGAAAAAAACUUGAUUCGCUUUACUUUUUAAAAUGAAUGAUAGGCGAUCAGAAUUAGACGAAUAUAAAGGCGAAGUAGACUUUGAUUUUUUCGACGAUGACGACCCUGUAGGUUCCGAUAUUCCUCAAAAAGACGACAUUUCUAGAAAACCUCCGAAGUCGCCUAAACCACCGUCUCCUGUGAAUGAAAAUAGGAAGCCAUCGCCGGUUGUUGCAAUUAAAAACAACAAACAAGACAAAGAUGAUUACAGUUCAAGUGAUGACAGUUAUUCGAGUGACUCGGUUACAGAUACUGAGAGUGAAAUAGAUCAGAAUUCGCACAAUAAUUCAGGAAAAAAUAUUUCUAAUGAGUCUAAUGUCAAUGGCAAUUAUUCAGGAAAAAAUAUUUCUAAUGGCCUUUCGGGAAAAAAUGAAAUUCCUAAACAUCAGCAGAGUGUUGAUCGUAAAAAUGACAGAAAAGAGAUAAAAAACACACAAAGUGUUACAUCAUCGAGUGCAUCAGAGACAUCUCAAUCGGAGAGUGAAACUGAGAGUUUAUCACGAGUGAGUCCCUUGCCAGUUAAAUCGAAGAAAAAAGACAAUGAUAGUGUCGAAUCAGAUAGUGAUAGUUACACAUCCUAUACCUCUAGUAGUAGUAGUGCCUCGGAUUUAUCAGAUUCAGAAACGGAAUCGAGAGCUGUAUCAGUGAAGUCAAAAAAUAAGCCCACAACAUCUCAGUCUCGUUCCCGAGAUAAAGGCGCAAAUGUUAAAGAAGAAGCCUGGUCAAACAGCACGAAAAAAGACACGGAUAGAAACAGCGAUAAGAAUAAACAAAAACAAAUGCGGACGAAGAAAGGAAGAAAACCAGCAUCUGACUCGGAAAGUGAAAUCACAGAUGUGUCGCCUUUAUCAUCUGCUCAGAAUAGUCCCAGACGCAAGAAGAAGAACCGAAAACAUCGUGAUCAUGAUGAAAGAGACCAAAUUGGUAGAGACCAGAACACAGAAAAUCUGAAUCAGUGUGAAAAUCUAGAUCUCAAUGUUUUAAUGGACGCUGUCUCUGAACUAGAUAAAGACAAACGUAUAAAAGCGAACACACGUCGUGUUAUGUUUGCGCCACAUGAAAGACAGUCACGAGAAAAUAAUUAUUCUUACAGUAAAGAACGAGCAAAGUUAAUAGAAAAGGAGAAUCAGAGACUACUAAAUGAGAUUUUACACAGUGUGGAUAAUAGAGAUCGACCUGUCACUCGUUCACAAUAUGCACCAGUAAUACGCCGCAUGACACCGUCUGCUAUUAACAGGGAGAGACAACAACGUAAAAUAGAAGCAGAGAAUUUGGCAUUAUUACGACGAUUACAGAAAGCGAAACCGACUCGUGGAAUGUCUAAAGCUGAACAAGAUCAGCAAUACAAGAAGACCAUGUUAUAUGGUGUACCCGUCUCCACUCUACACUCGUCACGACCUAAAUCUAGGGCAACUACACCCUGGGACGAACUCUCCAAUAGUUCUAGGAUGGGUUCGAGAACGCGCAGUUUAAACAGUCUGGCAUCUGCCUCUACAGUAACGUCUGCACAAUCGACACACAGGUCACGUCCUUCCAGUGCUAAGAAGAAACCGGAAUGGAAUGAAAGAUGGUAGUUUGUGGUUAGAGUUAUAACAAAUGCCAUGUGUAAAGGUGUACCUGAGUUUAAAAUAAUCAGAGGUCGUGGAGUGGAAGUGGCCUUAGGCAUAUAUAUAGAAUUGUGGAGGACCUCAAAAUCUGCUUUCUAUAAUUUGACUAAGAGCCCUUUAAAGUAGCGACACUGUUAUUAUUGAUAUGUAUACUAUAAUUGAUUUCUCGUCUAUGAAAGUACAUGUAGUAAUAUUAUUAUUAAUUUAUACAAAACAACACAUCCAGUUGUUGCAUAGAGUUAAACAAACUAUAUUGUGGAUACUUGUAUAAUUGAUUUCUCGUCUAUGAAAGUACAUGUAGUAAUAUUAUUAUUAAUUUAUAAAAACCACAUCCAGUUGUUGCAUCGAGUUAAACAAACUAUAUUAUGGUUACCACAUGUAUAAUUGAUUUCUCGUCCAUUAAAGUAGUAAUAUUAUUAUUAAUUUAUAAAAACCACAUCCAGUUGUUGCAUAGAGUUAUAAACAAACUAUAUUAUAGAUACCAUAUGUAUAAUUGAUUUCUCGUCUAUUAAAAAGGUAAUAUUAUUAAUUUAUAAAAACCACAUCCAGCUGUAGCAUAGAGUUAAACUAUAUUAUGGAUACUUUAGUCUAUUUCUCGUCUAUGAAAGCAGUAAUAUUGUUAUUUGUUUAUAUAAACCACAUCCAGUCAUUAACGUUGCAUAGGGUUAACACAAACUAUUUUAUGGAUAUAUGAUAAAGAAAUUGAUAGAACACAGAUCAAAAAUUUGUUUUUGACUUGAGUCAUAAAGCGAGAUGUAUUGUUGAUAUGAAUGUACAUGCAUGAAAUAUGUUUGCGGAGUGAUCCAAUAUACAUUGCAUGUUAUAAAUAUUAUUAGGUUAAAGUAUUGACAUCAGGUUUGUCUUAAGAGCAUUAUAGGCACCCAGGCAAAGUUGUGCUCUGGGACCCCUACCAACACAACCACUCACAGAAAUAAAAAUGUAAAUGGUUUGUAAAAUUAAACAUAUUUAUUGUAUUGGUACUUCCAUCAAAAUCAGUGUUUAAACAUUAAAAAACAUGAUGUACCGGUACAUAUAGAUAAGCAUGAUGCCCCUAUGCUUGUUGGGAGGCCCCCAGGGUAACUGCCCAUGCAAAAGACAACCCUGAUUAACAUUAUCAAUCACUUGUUAUAAUAUAUAAAUACAGUUUUAUAUUUAAAUACUCAGUUAUACUUGAUACAAAUACAGAUUUAUCAAUUUGUUACUGAAUGUUUUAGUAAAUAUAUUUUGUUAUAAAAAUCUGUUGGAUAUAAGAGUAGAUAGUAGUGCCGUUUUCCGUGCAAAAUUCCCCUCAAAGUCUCUGAUCACCAUUUUAGGGAUUAAGGAAUCUUUACAUUAGGUCAUACUCCUAUUACCGUAUUUUUCGGUGUAUAAGGCGCACUUUUUUUACCAGGUAUUUUAUUUUCUAGAAGGGGUGCGCCUAAUACAUAGUAUUAAGCAAAUCUUGGCUUUUCUGUGUGUCAACAUCGAGGUCUGAAGUUGAUCAUAUCGACAACAGCAAUAAAGAUGGCGGCCAUUUCCCAUACCGAUAUCCCGUAUACCGUUAGUCAUAGACGAGAGUGGCAACAAUAUGGGUCAAUAGCGGUUUAGUGUUAUUAAAAUAUCUGCAAAGAUAUCGUAAAUAAUUAGAUGACAUAUUUUUCUGCUAUUCCGACAUUCCGAUGUCGUCAUUUUUCGUGCAAUAAAUAUGGCGGCCAUUUAAGAUACGGUAUCGGCUUUUCCGUAUACCGUUAGUCAUAUUUCUAUUAUUCCGGCUUUUCCGUAUACCGUUAGUCAUAAACGACAGUGCUAACAAUAUCUGCAAAAUUCUCUUUAAUAUUUCUAUUAUUCCUGCGUAUUUGAUGACAUAUAUUUCUGCUAAUCCGUUUACCGGUUCAGUUAGCCACCAGUUAGCCACUGUCGGGAAUCCAAACAGUGUGUCGUCAACGGUGAUAUCAGUCAAGUUGACGAAAAGGCGGGGCUUACGACAGACAAAGAGUUUUCAUUGGCUAUUAGAAGGGAAAUUUCCAUUGAGCACACGCUCAUUAUACCAUAGGCUAUGGGUAUUGUCUGUUACAAUGACAGCGUUAAUGGGCGGGAUUACAGUUAAACUGGCAGAAUAUAUCGAAGAACAGAACAAAUUUAAACCAUCGACUAAAAUAUAUUUUAAUGACACAAAAAAAUAACACAAGUAUAAUAAAAACAUAUAAUAAAAACAAACAGGUUCACCAGUAUAGCACAGCAUAGUUAUAGGCACAGUAUAGAUAUAAUAAAAUAUGGAUAUAAGAAAAACAAAACAUACAGCUUCUUCGGUUUAUAGCACGGCACAGUUUUAGACACGGUAUAGAUUUGAGAUAUCACUUUUUGUUUUAUUUUAAAGUUAUUUUAUAUUGAUAUCUGCUUUGGUAAAACCAUUAAAUUCUUCUUCUUCGUCCUCUUCCUCAAAAAUACGAAGAAUG